AUGUCCAAGCUGGAGAUACAACUGGGUCUAAGUCACCCCUUCAAUGUGUAUUUAGUUCUCAACGUCAGUGAAAUUGAAAAUGUAUUUGUAAACCAAACGGUGGUCAGUAACACGAAUGACCACCGCAACGAGACAGUCUUUUUUCCUUUGGUCAAGCAGCCAGUUUACAUGCUGGUGGUGUUGUCCAUUAUGUAUGGUGCCGUGUUCUUCUGUGCGGUCAUUGGCAACAUAACUGUAUUGUGCGUUGUUCUGAAGGACAGGCGUUUUCACUCUGCGACUUACUACCUGAUCGCAAACCUUUCACUGGCGGACCUGCUCAUGGCUUUGAUUUGCCAGCCAAUCACACUGUCCUUGAAUAUCUUCAACGGUAG